UGGCUCACCGAGUUGUUUGCAGCACAGCUUUUUAUCCCGUACAGUAUACUCCAUGCAAAUGAGCUCCCGCUCAGCCCUGCGUGCCUGCCUGCCCUGCUGGGGAGCUCACAAAGGCUCCGCAGACCUCAUUCAGCAUUCGCCUGUUUAAAUCGGCAGAUGGAAGGAGGUAUCGGCGAGAUGAGGAUUUAUUAGCUGCUCACAAUAAAAGACCACACCGGCUCUGCAGAGGAUCAGAGAAAGCCUGGUGAAUGGGAUUGAGUUGUAUCUGCUUUCAGCUGACUUUACAAUGAUGCGUUUAGCUCAUGUGACUCGGUCACUUAGCGUGAAGAUCAGCUAAAGAUUUCCAUGUAAAUAUCUACUCCGUUAAGCACCAGCAACCUGUGUGCUUUUAUGGAGACGUUUUUGGUUUGCAGCUGUCACAACUGUGGGAGCAGCAGCGUCUCAUCGAGCCGUGCUCGGCAGCCGCCGCUCCGGGCGCAUUGUUGUUAGGGAGCAAAACUGGCCAGCAGCAAGGGAGGCAGCGCCGCGGGGAUAUGGAUGACUCCAGUAUUCUGCGGAGGAGAGGGCUGCAGAAGGAGCUCAGCCUCCCCCGAAGAGGAAGCUUAAUCUCCUCUCCUUUGUACUCCCACUGCCGAGGAAGUGAUGUUCAUCAGCACACGUUCUCUCCUACGUCUGCUCCAGGUCUGCAGCACCUUAAAUUCCCAUUUAGUGCUGACUGUGCACUUGUCACUUCUCCUCUUGUAUUUUACCUGAACUCACAAGCCCAGAGCAAUCCAUCUAGCCCAUGCUACAGCCAUCCAUUUCAGUGGAGCUGUCGGACCAGCAACAGAAAGAGUUUGAUUGUAACGUCCAGCACAUCCCCGACUCUCCCGCGGCCGCAUUCCCCCCUCCAUGGACAUGCAGGUGGCAGCCCUUUGGACAGCCCUAGAAACUUCUCUCCAAAUGCUCCUGCUCAUUUUUCCUUUGUUCCUGCCCGAAGCCAUGGACACAGAGCAGACAGAACGGAUGGACGCCGCUGGUCCUUGGCCUCCCUUCCCUCAUCAGGAUAUGGAACAAACACUCCCAGUUCAACAGUUUCAUCAUCAUGCUCAUCUCAGGAGAAGCUGCACCAGCUGCCCUUUCAGCCCACGGCAGACGAACUUCAUUUCCUGACAAAGCAUUUCAGUACUGAGAGCAUCACUGAUGAGGAAGGGCGUCACUCUCCAGCCCUGCGGCCUCGAUCACGCAGUCUCAGCCCGGGUCGCUCUCCAAUUUCCUUUGACAGUGAAAUAAUAAUGAUGAACCAUGUGUACAAAGAAAGGUUUCCAAAGGCCACAGCGCAGAUGGAAGAGCGGCUGGCGGAGUUUAUUGCCUCCAAUGCUCCAGAGAACGUGCUGCAAUUAGCAGAUGGGGUCCUAAGUUUCAUCCACCAUCAAGUUAUUGAGCUGGCUAGAGACUGCCUAGAUAAGUCACGUGAAGGUCUCAUUACUUCUCGCUAUUUCUAUGAGCUGCAGGAAAACUUGGAGAAACUUCUCCAGGAUGCCCACGAGCGAUCCGAGAGCUCUGAGGUUGCCUUUGUUACCCAACUGGUAAAGAAGCUGAUGAUCAUCAUAGCGCGACCAGCUCGGCUGCUGGAGUGCCUGGAGUUUGAUCCUGAAGAGUUCUACCACUUGUUAGAAGCAGCAGAAGGCCAUGCCAAGGAAGGACAAGGAAUUAAGUGCGACAUUCCUCGAUACAUUAUCAGCCAGCUGGGACUCACCAGGGAUCCCCUGGAGGAAAUGGCCCAGCUAAAUAGCUAUGACAGCCCAGACACUCCUGAGACAGAUGAUUCAGUCGAGAGCCGUGGAGCCUCCGUCCAGUCAAAGAAAACUCCAUCCGAAGAGGAAUUUGAAACUAUUAAACUGAUCAGUAAUGGUGCUUAUGGAGCGGUGUAUUUGGUGCGCCACAAGACCACCCGUCAACGUUUUGCCAUGAAGAAGAUCAACAAACAGAACCUAAUUUUGAGGAACCAGAUCCAGCAGGCAUUUGUUGAGAGAGAUAUCUUGACGUUUGCUGAGAACCCCUUUGUAGUCAGCAUGUUCUGCUCCUUUGAGACCAAGCGCCAUCUGUGCAUGGUUAUGGAGUACGUGGAAGGGGGUGACUGUGCGACACUUCUCAAGAACAUCGGUGCCCUGCCCGUUGAUAUGGCGAGGAUGUAUUUUGCUGAGACUGUUCUAGCAUUGGAGUACCUACACAAUUAUGGGAUUGUUCACCGUGACCUAAAACCUGACAAUCUCCUGAUAACUUCCAUGGGUCACAUUAAACUUACAGACUUUGGACUGUCUAAAAUUGGGUUAAUGAGUCUUACAACUAACCUUUACGAGGGACACAUUGAAAAGGAUACCAGGGAAUUUCUGGACAAGCAGGUCUGUGGGACUCCGGAAUACAUUGCCCCAGAAGUGAUCCUCCGGCAGGGCUACGGGAAGCCGGUGGACUGGUGGGCCAUGGGAGUCAUCCUGUACGAGUUUCUGGUUGGCUGCGUUCCUUUCUUUGGUGACACACCUGAGGAGCUGUUUGGACAAGUGAUCAGUGAUGAAAUUGCCUGGCCAGAAGGUGAUGAUGCACUGCCGCCAGAUGCCCAGGACCUCAUUUCUAAGCUCCUCCGCCAGAAUCCUCUGGAAAGAAUGGGGACAGGUAGUGCCUUUGAAGUGAAACAGCAUCGGUUCUUUAAGGAUUUGGACUGGAAUGGAUUACUUCGGCAGAAAGCUGAAUUCAUCCCCCAGUUGGAGUCCGAGGAUGACACAAGCUAUUUUGACACCCGUUCUGAACGGUACCAACACCUGGAUUCAGAAGAGGAGGAGGACACUAAUGAUGAUGAUCAUGUGGAAAUUCGGCAGUUUUCCUCGUGCUCACCAAGGUUUAGCAAGGUGUACAGCAGCAUGGAACGCCUCUCCAUCCACGAAGAGAGGAAAACUCCACCACCAACUAAACGGAGUCUGAGUGAAGAAAAGGACGACCGGCUGGACAGCCUGGGUGGCUUGAAGAGUCGGGACCGCAGCUGGGUGAUCGGGUCUCCUGAAAUACUGCGUAAGCGCCUGUCGAUGUCCGAAUCCUCGCACACAGAGAGUGACUCCAGCCCGCCCCUGACCGUGCGCCGGCGCUGCUCGGGGCUCCUGGACAUGCCCCGCUUCGCCAUCUCUGCUGAGGACGAGGGAGCCGUGCUCAAAAGGCCUCAGUCAGAGGGGAUGCUGCUGUCGGCCGUGCAGUCACCGGUGCCCAUCCCAGAGCAGCCCGUGGAGCACGAGCUGCAGCUGGAGGGCGAUGCUGGGCCCACCACCCCCUGCAUGGCUGUCAGCAGCACCACGGCGCUGACAGCUGGGAGCACUGCAGACUUCUCUGAUCCACGCGCUCGCAGCAACAGCAACGAAGGCCCAGACUUCACCACUCCUAAAGCCAUCAGCGACUUGGCAGUGCGGCGCGCACGGCACAGGUUGCUCUCCGGGGAAUCGGGCGAGAAACGCGCCUCCAGACCAGUCAAUAAAGUGAUUAAAUCAGCGUCCGCCACUGCCUUGUCUCUCAUGAUUCCCUCAGAUCACCACACGUGUUCCCCAUUGGCUAGUCCAAUGUCACCUCAUUCUCUAUCCUCAAACCCAUCUUCGAGGGACUCCUCACCCAGCCGCGACUUUUCUCCUGCUAUCGCAAACCUGAAACCACCAAUCAUCAUCCAUCGGGCUGGAAAGAAAUACGGUUUCACUCUGCGUGCCAUUCGCGUCUAUAUGGGUGACAGUGAUAUCUACACUGUGCAUCACAUGGUCUGGCACGUGGAGGAAGGUGGUCCAGCGAACGAAGCAGGGCUGCGUGAAGGGGAUCUGAUAACCCACGUCAACGGGGAGCCGGUCCAUGGGCUGGUGCACACUGAAGUGGUGGAGCUGAUCCUGAAGAGUGGAAACAAAGUGUCCAUCUCCACUACGCCAUUUGAGAACACAUCCAUCAAAGUUGGGCCAGCUCGAAAGGCCAGCUACAAAUCCAAGAUGGCACGUAGGAACAAGAAGAGCAAAACUAAGGAUGGUCAGGAAAGUAAGAAGAAGAGUUCUUUGCUGAGGAAGAUCACCAAACAGGCAUCACUGCUUCACACCAGCCGUAGUUUAUCUUCACUGAACCGCUCUCUGUCUUCUGGGGAAAGUGUGCCUGGCUCUCCAACUCACAACCUGUCGCCCCGGUCACCCACACAGAGCUACAGAUCCACUCCUGAGUCUGUACAUUCAGUUGGUGGCAAUUCUUCCCAGAGCAGCUCUCCCAGUUCCAGUGUUCCCAAUUCUCCAGCCAGCUCUGGGCACAUCCGACCAAGUUCACUGCACGGACUGGCACCAAAGCUCCAAAGGCAGUACAGAUCUCCAAGACGUAAGUCUGCAGGAAAUAUCCCUCUGUCACCACUGGCUCACACUCCAUCACCAACCCCACAGUCCACAUCACCGCAGCGCUCCCCAUCUCCUUUACCAGGACACUCGAUUGGCAGCUCCAGUAUUAUUCAGUCUUUUCCAGUAAAACUACACUCCUCUCCACCACUGGUGAGACAGAUUUCUCGCCCCAAAAGUGCUGAGCCCCCUCGAUCUCCUUUGCUGAAGAGAGUGCAGUCAGCUGAGAAACUAGCUGCCUCGCUGUCCUCUUCUGAGAAGAAGCUGACGUCCUCACGGAAGCACAGCUUGGAUAUCUCUCACUCUGAGUUCAAGAAGGAGAUGCUGCAGAGGGAUCCGAGUCUACAGAGCUUACAGGAAUCUGUGAAUGAAACAACAGGUGGCAAACUGGGGCUAGCAGAAAAAGGCAUGUUGCAGAAGCCGGGUUCCCGAAAGUUGGGUGCAAUCCGACAGGACAGAGUGGAGAGAAGGGAGUCUCUGCAGAAGCAGGAGGCCAUAAGAGAAGUAGAUUCUUCUGAAGAUGAAACAGACGAUGGUUCGGAGGAUAGUCAGGAUGGAAGAAGAUUGGACAAGCCCCCAGAGAGCGGAGACCAAGGCUCAGAUUCUUACAACGGGGAUAAUAAGUUUUCCUCUAAAUUGGAAAGCAAGGAUAGUAUGGAAGAUGAUGCCUUCCUACCUGAAGAUCCAAAAGGUACAGAAGAUUUGCAGAAAGGAAGCAGUCAACAAACCAAGGCUGUUUCUGAGCUGCUGCAAGUUGGUGUGCACCCUUCCCCAUCAGAGGUCCUCCCACGAACCUCUCCAGAAAACGUAGCUGGUUCAGAAAAGCCACUCCUAAGGCCAGAAACCACUUCAAAGGAGCAUAAAUUGGUAGAAAACAAAACCCUUGAGCAUUUUGGUCCAAAAGGCAAAUCUUCUGAAGCAGUCAGAGAUCUAGGGGGAACUACCGGUACUCAAAAACCAGUGGACUGCACGGAAAGUAUGAAGUGCCCACCUGUCAAACUCCCUGAGCUUGUACGGGAUGAAUCUGCAGGGGCCUCAUGUGGUAAAUUUGACCUGAAGGACCCCUUGCUGUCAGAAAUCAGUCAGAAAACCCAAGAUCCCAAACCUCUGCUAGCACUUUCAUCUUGUUGCACAGCAAGUGUGAGCUCUCCUUGCUCGGUAAGCCCUGCGGAUCGUGGUGAGAAGGACCACAAGGGCACACUUCCAUCUGUAGAACAAGACAGCACCUCAUUUCAGCAUCCUGCAAGUGAAACAUCUGAAAGAAGUCCCAGCUCAUCCCAGGCAGAGAGCGCUCCAUCUGCCAGCAAAGCGAGCCAGAGCAUGGCAGCAGGCACCGUGAGCUCCACGCUGCUCAUCCCCUGCGCUAUCGAGAGGGCACUCUCUGUGUCUCAGCUGGUGCCGUUGGCACAGAGCGUUUUGGGCCCCUUAAAGCUCAGUAUGGCUGGUUCUGGAGAAAUGGAAAAGAGAAAGGAUUUCCCCCAUUUGGGUGCCUCGUGUAAAGAAGAGAGAGAUGGGAAGCAAAAAAAGCAGGAAGCUUCACAAGCAGGAGUGUGCCAGGAGGCCACACCAGCCAGCGCCGAUGGUUUGACCACGAGGAGUGCAUCCUGCACAGAGUCACUGAGCUCAGCUAAACCUUGGGAGGCAGCGUGUCCCGUGCUGGCCAAAAAAGAGGCAGUUUCCUGCAGCACUAAAGCAUCGGAAGCACUGGCAGGUAGCAGCAAAGUGGCCCCAGCAAAGGAGCUGCCGCUUGCUCCGGGACAGGCAGCUCUGAGAGCCUCUCCUGUGCCAGAUGGCAGCAGCAGGCCCUGCAGAGAAGGGACUGUCACACCGGCGAGGGGCAGAGAGGUUGGAAGUCAGCUAAAAACACAAGACUUUCCCCUGUCACAUGAUGGUGCUGUAAAGAAAACAUAGCAGCAUCCCCGGUACACAUGGACUGGAGCGUUCUGCAUUCAAAAUAGAGACUGCAUGUUUGAAUUUUGUAAUAUACACUAAUAUAAAA